CUGCGGCCGCGGGGGCUGUCCGCGUGCUCCGGCCGCCGCACUGCGCGCCUCGGAGCCCCUGCCGCCGCACAGAGCCCUGCUAACACGCGCCCUCCCGGGACCCUGUGCGGGGGCUCCUGCACUCCACGUGACCCGAGGUCCCCCGCCGCCCACGAUCCCCAUGGCCACCCAGAGGGGUGAGGUAGCAGACGCCUGACGAAGCCCAGACGGUGCCCGUCCACGCCCCUGCGGGCUGCAAGGCGGGAGUCUUCGCGGAGCUAUGCUGAAGCCGCGGGGUGCGGAGGAAGCCGCGCAGCUCGCCUCUCGGCGCGCCCGCGCCCUGGUCCCCGCGCCGGCGCCCAGACCCUUGGCCCCCGACGUGUCCCCGGCUUCGGCCCGUCUGAGUCUUGCCUGCCUGUUGCUGCUACUACUGCUGACACUGCCGGCCCGUGUAGACACGUCCUGGUGGUACAUAGGGGCACUGGGAGCCCGAGUGAUCUGUGACAACAUCCCAGGUUUGGUGAGCCGGCAGCGGCAGCUGUGUCAGCGUUACCCAGAUAUCAUGCGCUCCGUGGGCGAAGGCGCCCGAGAAUGGAUCCGAGAGUGUCAGCAUCAGUUUCGCCAUCACCGUUGGAACUGCACCACACUGGACCGGGACCACACUGUCUUUGGCCGGGUCAUGCUCAGAAGUAGCCGGGAGGCAGCAUUUGUAUAUGCCAUCUCAUCAGCAGGAGUGGUCCACGCAAUCACUCGGGCCUGCAGCCAGGGUGAACUGAGUGUGUGCAGCUGUGACCCAUAUACCCGUGGUCGACACCAUGACCAACGAGGGGACUUUGAUUGGGGUGGCUGCAGUGACAACAUCCACUAUGGUAUUCGCUUUGCUAAGGCCUUUGUGGAUGCCAAGGAGAAGAGGCUCAAGGACGCCAGGGCCCUCAUGAACUUACAUAACAACCGCUGUGGUCGUACGGCUGUGCGAAGAUUUCUGAAGCUGGAGUGUAAGUGUCAUGGUGUGAGUGGCUCCUGUACUCUGCGAACCUGCUGGCGUGCACUCUCAGACUUCCGCCGCACAGGUGAUUACCUGCGUAGGCGCUAUGAUGGGGCUGUGCAGGUGACGGCCACCCAGGAUGGUGCCAAUUUCACAGCAGCCCGCCAAGGCUAUCGUCGUGCCACCCGAACUGACCUUGUCUACUUUGAUAACUCUCCAGACUACUGUGUCUUGGACAAGGCUGCAGGUUCCCUAGGUACUGCAGGUCGUGUCUGCAGCAAGACAUCUAAAGGAACAGAUGGUUGUGAAAUCAUGUGUUGCGGCCGAGGGUAUGACACAACUCGAGUCACCCGUGUCACCCAGUGUGAGUGCAAAUUCCACUGGUGCUGUGCUGUACGGUGCAAGGAGUGCAGAAACACUGUGGACGUCCACACUUGCAAGGCCCCCAAGAAAGCAGAGUGGUUGGACCAGACCUGAACACUGAUACCUCACUCAUCCCUCCACUUCAAGCCUCCAACUCAAAAGCACAAGAUCCUUGCAUGCACACCUUCCACCCUAAAUCCUGGGCUGCUACAGCUUCUGUUUAAGGACUUGGAGAGUGAUCUAAAGGGACCCUGGUGUCCUGGCUGGUUCCUUAGCCCUGGAAAGGAGUUGAUAGGAGAUAUUAAGAAACUGAGUGGCUCCCUGAUUUUCCCUCAGGAGGUUUGAAGGGAGAAUAGAAGAGGUAGGGGUCAAUCUUCAGAGGGAUUUGAGUUGCACUGAAAUACCUGGUCAAGGCUCAAUUUCCCUUUCCCUUGCACUGAUUUUCUGAUACUCCUCGGGUGUGUGAGAGGAAAGGGACCUGGAGGUAGUGUCCUUUUUUUUGAUCCUACUCUAGCUGAGGAUAGGUAGAACAGAGGUAAAAACUGCAUGUCCCUUCCCUGGAGGGGCAAUCUUAGGCUAUAGUACUCUACUGUUGAGAACCUGAGACUGCUAGAGGACAGCCACAAUGGACAAGGUUCCGUUCACAUGCUUAUAUACAGUUUAUAAACUACUGGUUUUGCAGGGUAGAGGGAAUCAUGAACUAUACAAAUAUAUAUUUUCCACACCUCCUGUUCAACCUAUUAUCAGACAGCAGUCUGCUCACUUGCUGCCUGUUGAGAGGUGGCAUGCAGUGACUCUCAAGUGUGAGAGAUCAUUAGAGCUCUGGAACAUAACUAUGAGAGAAUAAUAUAGAAAGUCUGGCUCAGUCUUGGGCCUUUUCCCCCCAAUCAAUUAUUUUGGAGAUUAGGUAGAUUUGGAAAAGACUGAGUAAAAGGCAGGUAGCUCACAGAGGGUGGAGGGGGUAAGCACAUGUGAUCUCAAAGGGCUAUGUGAGAAUCAUUGUAUACUAACAAGAUAGAAAGCUCUGCCUUUGGCAAUUCUUUAGGAGACAAUUCUAACCUUUGAAGGUAGGGGCAAAAGCCAGUAGCUACAUAAAGAAAGAGCUGGGGCUGGGGCCAAAGUGGUAAUCAGCUUAGAAGGCAGUAGCCUUCCCCCAUUUACUCAGCAAGUCUUUAUUUAGUGACUCUCCAAGUCCACUGAUUAUUAUUGUUCAUCCCGUGAUUGGCUUAAACAGGGAAGCGUUCUUUCUAUACUACUAACCAUUGCCUAACUAGGCAUACAGUAGUGGACUCUCUAGAGACAGCAAACAUAGUAAGCUAGUUGGCAGGACAUGGGAUCUGAAGCUUUGAUGGCCCAGUCUUAUGUGACCUGGGCAGUGGUUAUCUUCUUGCCUACUGAUAAACAGCAGUAGUGUAGAAAUUUGCAGUUAUUUGCAGAAAUUUGCAGACAGACCUGGGUUUAAUCACAACUAUGUCACCUACUGCUUUUUAUAUUUUCAGCAGGGUAUUUAAAAUCUCCAAAUCUCUGUUUUUUCAUUCAUAAAAUGAGGGGACAUACCUACCUCAGAUCCUGAGAUUUAAUUGUGUCCCAAACUCCAGCCAGCAGAUACUCUUCAUCAAGGUCCCUGAUUGGUCAAGCACAUUAUAACUUCUCAAAGAACUCUAAUUUAGGACUGUCUUGAAAACAGGCUGUAGGUUAAGGUGCAUUCACAAGGAACUGGAUAUAGGCCCUCUUUCCUUUCUUGGGUUCCUCUUCAACAUAUAAUAGGGUCCUCAGAUGUUUGUGGAAUAACUGUAUUCUGCUCAGGCAGUAGGAGGUUAGGGGGGCCCUAGCUGUGGCCACAGAGACAGAUUUAUUUGGAUGAUAGGACUAAUAUUUGUGUAACCUGCUGAGACCUGUGUGGGAGAGUUUAGGCUGGUUUUUCUUUUGGUGUGAGGAUUUGCUCCAGUUUCACAUCCAUUAACACAAAACAUGAGCUAGUCAGGGCCCUUGUGGUCUGUGGUGAGGGGAUGACUGGAGAAAUGGGACUGAAUGAGUCAGGCCAAGAGAAUGUCUUCCUUGCAGAGUGGAGUCAACUGGAUAACUGAUGGGCCAGUGGUGGUAUUAGGGAGGGGAAAUGGGAGGAGAAGAGAAAAGCUUCUGACAUCUUGGGCUGAAUUUAAAAAGAGGAGAGCUUCCUAAUAGUGGUGAGGUACAGGGUCAUGGUCAGUCUGAGUUCAAGGCUGUGUUGAGUGACUUUACAAAUACUGCCUUGUAUACUAGACUGCUGGGAAGGGCCUCAUAUCCCAGCUAGCCCCUGUCCUUACAAGAAUAUCCAAGUUACCACAUCAAUGAUGGGAUAGGCCUUCUACAGGAAGUCAUCUUGAGUUAAAUCUACCUGUGCUUUAUUUGCUACUCUGUGAUUUUUGGUUACCUUAUGAAAAUAAGUGGUAGAUACCUUCUAACAUCUCAUAUUACUCUCUGUAGACUCCAUAUUCUAGCUGAUAAAGAUGUAAGUAUUGCAACCUCUUAUAAAUGGUUAAGAGAAAAAUAAGUUGUCCAGGGAGUGAGAAGUUUAUAAAAUGAGGUGGUCAAGUGAGAGAAAGGAGCUGUAUAGUCCCAAGAAGGAAUGAUUACCACACAAUUUCCUUAGUCCCCAGCUAGUCUCUGCAUUCCGGUUGGCUUUAGACAACUGGAGUUCAUUCUGCAUGAUAGAAACAGAAACCAGUUUACUCGGAACAAGCAACAAAACAAGAACUGGAUUUGGUGUGGUCAGAGCUCUGUUUAGCUGUGCUGCUAUGCCCUUACUCUGCCUCCACACACCCCCUCUUCCAUCUGUCUUCUAUCUAGUAGGGGCUUGUCCUCCAUCAGCAGUAUCUUAGCCUCUCUUCUCUUCCAUUCCUUCUUGUUGGUUCUCAUUUUUCUUACCUUUUGAUAAAUAGUUAGGUAUACUGCAAAUGUUAUUUGGAUACAAAGUCAACUUACAAGAUAUUAUUUCUAUCCUUUAGUGCUAUUAGGAUCUCUACAGGUCCCAUGAAUGAAGUACCUUAGCUGCACAGCCUGUAGCCAAUUUCUUUUAAUUAGAAGAGUCAGGGGUGGUGGCUUAUGCUUAUCAUCCCAGCAUUCUGAGAGGCUGAAGUAGGGGGAUUAUUGUGUGUUUGCACUCAGCCCGUGUUACACAGUGAGCUAGAGUAAAAAGUCAGACCCUGUCUCAAACAAACAAGAAACAAAAACUAAGAAUGCCAGCCUUUCCCUAGUACUACAGAGAAGAUCUACUCUUCACUCUUCAUUAGAGUAAUGCUGCAAAAUGAAAAGAAGAAAGCACUACUCUCGGAGUCUGUUUGUAAAAAGCUUUGUAGCUCUAAUUUAUGAGUACUCACAGACUCAUUUCUAUUCCUCUCCAUUGCAAGCAAGAGACCAUUUCUUCCCUUUUCUUCCACAUCCUUUAUCAAGAACACCAACCACCAAGCCCUUUGCCAAAUUCUCAGACCCACUCAAGACAUGAGUUUCUGUAUGGCUUAAUAGAAGACAGAUAAUCAGGAUCCCCCUCCCCUUUCUGAAAUUCUUAUUUAAAUGCUCUCAGUGGUCAUAGGGCAGAAGCACCAGCUAGCUGGGGAGAAGGGAGGAAGUCAGGGAGAGUAUGAUUCUCAUCCCUGCGAGGCAUUCAGUCCAGCUCCUGCGGCCAAAUUACAGCACCAGAGAACAAUGCGAUGCAUUCCUGGGCAGGUCGGUGGGACCCUGGGCGCCUGGGCCUUGUGGAGAGAGGUGCCAGACACAGAGCUCUCCGUAAGCAAUCCUACAGAGCCGCCCCCUGGGUGCAGAAAUGAAAUACGGGAGAGCUUCACAUUACACAGAGACCUGUAGCUCACACCUGGUUAUUGAUGGCCUUGGUGGAGGCCUCUGCCCCCACCUUCCACUUGGGAACUGCCUGCUACUGGGAGGGGUGAGGGGGGUGCUGGGCAUCUUUGAAGCAACGUUGGAAAAUAAGAAAGACUUGCUUCCUUAUUACUUUUUGCCCUCGUCAGCCUGAGCACAGCCAUGAGGACAUACACAUGCCCAUGUGCAGGAGGUUCACUUAUAUGCAUAUCAGGACAUACACAUACUCAUGUGCAGGAGGUUCACCUAUAUGCACACACACAUAGCUUUUCUCAGCAUAGGAAUUUAUAGUAGUUCCACCUUUCCAACAAUUAAAAAUAAGCAACUAGAUCCUUCAAAAAAUCAUACCAACAACAGGGUCAGCUACAACCAGGGAAUGUUACAAAACUACAUUAUCAACAGGCAAUGAGAUGUUUGUUUUGGGAACUGGUAUUCCCCUGGGAGGUAGUGAGGAAGGAUUCGGAAAGGGCAUAAUGAGAAGAGAUCAAGGGUGGAGAAUUGCCACCCAAGCAGAGUGGCUGAGGCUGUUACAACUUCUCAAAGUGGUUCACCCUCGAGGCAGAGAGGUGCACAUCCUAUGUGCUCUGAACGAUGGGCCAGUCUCCUGUGACUUCUUUGAUGUAUGUGUAGUUUCUGAGUUUGCUGUUUGUGACCAGCUAUUUUGAAGUCUUACGGGGUUAGAACAAGAUAACUUUGGAUUCCAAAAUGAUCUCUGUAAGAGAGAGGCACUAGGAGAGUAUAAGCUGUAGCUUUAUGAGGGUAAAUAUGUCACAGUUGCUGAACUGAACUAAGCUUUCUCAGAAGCUGUUUUUCUCUUUGGAUGAUUGACAGGUUUCAGGCGAUAGCCAGUAGCAUGUCAGUAACAAGCCUUAACCUAACCUCAAGGUAAAAGGGAUAGAAGAGUUUAUAAACUCACCCUACUUCCCAUGCAUAAUCUGAACUAUCUCUAAGAAUCUUUGUGGCUACUUACAUAAGAUAUUUUAGUCAGGACUUGAAAAUGUAAGAUAAGCAGUCUCUUUUACUCCCUAGCUCUGAAGUAACUUCCAUUUUACCCAUGAAUGUAAGGAUAUAGAAGCUGGACAUGGGAAUUCUUUGACCAAAGGAAGAAAAAUUUGGUGACUUUGUGUCAAUACCACCAGCCUCUGUAGGCAGCCAUGACCAAACAGAAAGGCUGUGCUGAGUGAAGAAAAAUGACAGUUUUCAUCCAUAAUUUUAUUCUUUGAGAAAUUCCAAGGUGGGACUUUCCCAAGAAUAACAUAUAAUGCUCACAAAAAGCCUUUUUGUUCACAAAAUGCUUGUGCAUACAUAUAAUUCUCACAAUAACCCCAGGAGUUGUGAGGCAGGAGUUAUUCUGUUUUAUAGGUGCCAUUCAGACAGGUUCAGUGAAUGACCCAGCCAGAAUACAAACCUAGUUUCCUAGCUUCAAAUCCUGUAUACUCAAAGCCUGAGGAUGCUAGGAUUAGGGGUGCCAGAGUUCCAGCACUUGAGAACAGAAACUGCUAAAACAUGUCCAAGCCAGAAAGGAGUCCUAGGCUGCCAGCAAAGUGUCUGAGCAGAGUUUACAGAGACAUAGCCUAAUGGGUACCAAACCUCAUCAGCUCAUCCUCUUCACCACUUUUGCAGCUGUUAUUGUUACUAUCAAGUGGUCACUCUACAAAGUAUUCUCCACUUAAACAGCUCUGCUCUUUGUAGCCCCAUCCCAUUCUUCAGAUUGGCAUUAAAAUUUUUGUUUUAAUUCUUUCUAAGUUCUUUUCCAGUGAUUCUCAAUGCAUAGACAGAGCGGAAGAAGAUAUGAUUAAAACUUUGGGCUUGUA